UACAGGUAUAACGAUGGGGUUUCCAAACCCGGCAGCCUAUUGUCCGAUGGUGUGAUAACGACAUUCAUCAAACUACCAACAUUUCACGAACCCUAACUUAUCCCAUUUCCUAACACAUUUCAACAAACAAUCCGUAUUUUGUAUUUUUAUUGUCCUAAAACCAUUUCAAAUCCUCCUCCUUUUUUUUAGAAUUUCCCAACGAUGGCUUCGACGAUUCCAACGAGCCGAUCUUCCUCUGAUGACAUUACCGACACGACGCCCUUUCUGUCACCAACAAGCAACGCUUCAAACGACGACUCCUCCACGCGUCGGACCGUUCGUCGCCAGAGUCUCCGCGAUGCGGCUAGGUUCUUGCGCCGAGCCAGCAGCCGAAGGAUGAUGCGUGAGCCGUCCAUGCUGGUUCGAGAAACCGCCGCCGAGCAGCUCGAGGAGCGUCAGAGCGAUUGGGCGUAUUCUAAGCCCGUAGUUGUUCUCGAUAUUAUCUGGAAUUUAGCUUUCGUGGUUGUGGCAGUUGGUGUUUUGAUUUUGAGCAGGAACGAGAGCCCUGAUAUGCCGUUGAGGCUUUGGAUAAUUGGGUAUGCUUUCCAGUGUUUCUUGCAUAUUGUUUGCGUUUGUGUGGAGUAUAGGCGACGGAGGAGGCGGCAGAGCACGGAGUACAGGCCAUUUAAUGCAGGGGAGGAAGGGGCUUUGAGCCCUGGAUCGAGGGUGGAUUCAGAGCAGUACGUGUCAUUGGCCCAGUUGGAAGAUGAUGGUGGAAGUGUUGCAAAGCAUCUGGAAUCUGCAAAUACGAUGUUUUCAUUUAUAUGGUGGAUCAUUGGAUUCUAUUGGGUGUCUAUAGGUGGCCAAGCAAUGGCACGUAGCUCCCCUCAGCUUUAUUGGCUUUGUAUAAUUUUUCUUGGGUUUGAUGUGUUCUUUGUUGUUUUCUGCGUUGCACUGGCAUGCAUAAUCGGCAUGGCUGUUUGCUGCUGUCUUCCAUGUAUUAUUGCCAUCUUAUAUGCUGUGGCAGAUCAGGAGGGAGCUUUGAAGGAAGAUAUUGAUCAAUUAUCGAAAUUCAAAUUUAAAAAAAUUGGCAGUGACAAGAAAUCUGCUGCUGAUGUCCAAGAACCUGUUGGGGGAAUAAUGACUGAAUGUGGUACAGAUUCCCCGUUAGAACGUGUUCUUCCCAUGGAUGAUGCAGAAUGUUGCAUUUGCCUUUCUGCCUACGAAGAAGGAGUUGAACUAAGGGAACUUCCUUGCGGUCACCAUUUUCACUGUGCCUGUGUAGAUAAGUGGUUGUACAUCAAUGCUACCUGCCCUCUCUGCAAGUAUAACAUCUUAAAGAGUCAAAACCACGAGGAAGUGUAAAAAACGGGACCUCUGCAUAUGAUGUUAGCUCAAGACGCAUUAUAAUGCAGUUGAUACAAUUGUUGUUUCUUUUAGUGGUAGUCAUAGAUGUUAUUGGUCAUAUGCUGGUUUGCAAUCUUGUUAUGCUUGUUUUAGCUCUGACCCUCGCAGAGUUAUCGUGUAUAUUAAUGUUUCCGUGGGGGCAUAUAGGCACUAACGGAGUUGAAGAACUCGGUUUACAUCUGUUCGCUUUUGUUGUAUGUCACAGACUAUUAUUGUUGAAGGCUUUUCUUUCUGUA